GUCCGCCAGUGCCAGGUUCAUUUUAGGUUUGACUGUCGCCGAACUCCUCGGAGACUGACACUGACACUGACACUGACACAUUGAGCAGAAAGGACGGCAGCGCCACGAAACACCCGGGUUACUCCUUGGUGCUCGCGAGGAACCGAGAACCAGGACAAAGGGGUUGUCAGCGCGAUUAUCCGUUGUCCCGAGAAACCGAGUCUGGACUUCAGACCAUGAGCGAGUUGCUGAAGUCGACGCCGAACGAACUGCUCGUGGUCACGCCCACCUUGUACAACAUCUCCCACAAGAUCGACCCCGCCGAUCGGUCACAUUCCCCCGACGAGUCGCCCAGUCCCACCCCGUCGGCCAAGUCCAGGAGUAAGAAGGAUCUAUCGGAGGACGAGCAGUUCCUACUGAGGAAGAAGAUCAACAGCAGAGAGCGCAAGAGAAUGCACGACCUGAACGUGGCCAUGGACGCGCUGCGGGAAGUUAUGCCUUACGCUCACGGGCCGUCGGUGAGGAAACUGUCCAAAAUCGCCACUCUCUUGCUGGCCAGGAACUACAUCCUGAUGCUCACCAGCUCCCUGGAAGAGAUGAAGAGGCUGAUCGGCGAGAUGUACGGCCGGAGCGGCUCUGCCUCUCGGCUGGCCCAGCUGCCAGUGUUGACAGCCGGGGGCUCGCUGCUGCUGGGAGCCGCUCCGUCUCUCUUGACCCUGGGCACUCCCAGGCACUCGUCUCCGACCAUGAAGUGCCCCUUGACUCCGGACGAUCAGGCUUGUUUCCAGCAGUGGCCCGGCUCUCCUUGCGCUUGUGCCGCUUGCAGGUUUCACUGUAUCCCCUCGACCCUCAACCCUCCCAGUCUCCAGACGAGGUUUCCCAAGUGAUGCCGGAAAUCACCAAACAUCGCACUGGGACAUUGCUGGGAUCGCUUCAAACACCGUAAAAAACAAACUUGUAUGAAUGAAUUAAACAAAAGACACGAAUAAGUGAACUAGAAUAAUGCUAUUUUCUCUACUUUGUAAGCACUACAGUAUUGCGAGUUUCUUUGUUUAUAUUAAUGCUUAAUGUUAGUAGGUGGAUUAGGAUAAGGAUUUCAUUGACGUCAGGGCCGGUACUCCUUAUUGUUUUCGGAUUAACGAAGGGAUAUGCAAAAGGGUUUUCAGUUUUAUGGCUCCCAAUACAAGCGAUAAUAUUUAGUAAUACGUCCUUGUGAAUGACAGAACCAACCGGACUUUCAUUGUAUAAAUUCAUUCUAAUUGCAGAAUAAUUACUCCUUAACAAAGCGUUGAGCUUCUAUUAACAAUGGUUACGGUAUUUAUUGUUAACAAUUCAGCAACGCCACUCCUUGUGUACCAACUCAUCAAUGCGUCACUUUUUUUUUAAAGUCGGGAAAUUGAACUGUUAUCGGUUAGUGUUUUGUGGACAAAUGUUCUAAUCUAAUCGCGUGCAUUAAAUGUAUUGUACAGUUAUAUAUAUAUGCAAUAAAUGUUUUGAUAUGCAGAGUUAGAGUUGGCGUGUUGUUUAUUCCGUGCUUCCUUAGCUUCAAGCACAAUAUUGAUCUCGCAAAGAUACCCCUCAACUGCAGUGAAACGUUAUCUGCUAUUUAGGACAUAGGGCACAUUUUCUGCGAAUUGUGUCUGUGUUCGGGUGCGCGCUCUCUUUUACAAGCAGGGCAUAUAGUAUUUUUUAGCAACAGUUUGCUUUCGAUAGACAAAUCAAAUUGACAUCUGCAUAUAAAAGAAUGUCACUUUAUACGAGUUCCGGGGUGAAUAACCAUUCAUUACAGACCUUAUAUUUAAAACCAGUAUUUUAUACAAUAAUCGCAGUUAAUGCCCAAACACCAAUAUGCAUUCAGUGUGAAGAAGGCUCUCGACCCGAAACGUCACCCAUUCCUUCUCGCCAGAGAUGCUGCCUGUCCCGCUGAGUAAUUCCAGCAUUUUAUGUUUCUAUUCUAACCAAUUGGCCUGAAGUCAUUUCAUAUCAAGUCUAUGAUCUGUGAAAAUAUUGUGCGUCUUCUUUUUUUU